AAUUCUUCAAAAAGCCAGUCAGAAACAGUGGCAGGACAUUGGAUUAGCCAUGCAGUUAAUUCUGGGCCUGAUCAACCCAGUCUGUGCAUCCUUCAGAAAGUGUGUGUGAUAGCACCAGACCAACUACUGAUGAAAAGACCUCAUCUGAGGAUAAAGCCAGGAGCAGUAGUGUUAUUCUGAUGUGCACAUUUGAAGGAUGCAUUCAGUGCUGCGCAACAUUUUUUAGGAUGAACGAAAUUCUGGAAGAAGACGAGUUCAUUGCUGUUCGAGUCCAAGACCCACGGGUUCAGAAUGAGGGCUUUUGGAAUUCUUAUGUGGACUUUAAGAUAUUUCUACACACCAAUAGCAAGGCCUUCACGGCUAAGACCUCCUGUGUGCGACGUCGCUACAGCGAAUUUGUGUGGCUGAAGAAGAAGCUCCAGAAGAAUUCUGGGGUUGUUCCUGUUCCUGGCCUCCCUGGCAAGACGCUCUUCUUCUCCUUCAGCAAUGAAGACUUCAUCGAGAGGAGGCGGCGAGGCCUGCAGAACUUUCUGGAUAAGGUGGUGCACAUGACUGUUUGCCUCUCGGACAGUCAGCUGCACUUGUUUCUGCAGACGCAGCUUCCUGUGCGCCACAUUGAGGACUGUGUGCAGGGACACACCCCCUACUCUGUAACAGAUGCUAUCCUCACCUAUGCUUCCUCCAAUCGCGGUUGGGCUCAGGAAGAAGAGGGCGUGGUCCAGGAACCAAGCCUUCCUUCAGUUUCAUAUGAAUCCGUGGACAGCCCUGCUCCUCAUCUACCCAGCUUACAAAAUGAGGAAAACUUUGAUAUCAGGGCUAGUGUGGCUGAAGGAACACCUUAA